ACAUGUAAAAUUGAGAAUUUUAUUAGUCAGGUAUAUACUCCUGAAUUUAUAUAUACACACAUGUGUAUUUAGAAAUUCCUGAGGCAGACUAAGAUGGUGGCAGAUUAGGUGGAAGCUAUACUCACCUCCUCCCAGCACUAAACUGGAAUUACAACUAAAUUAUAGAGCAGUCAUCCUGAAUAACCAACUGGAGACUAGCUAGAGAGAAGCCAUAUAACCAAGGACUUUGAGAAGGAGCCACAUUGAGACUGGAAGAAGUGCAGAGGCUGAAGAUGGAGAGCAGUGUGCUCUGCCUCCUGAGGCUCACCCUGAGGCCAGUGCUGCUGGGCUACUUCUUGGUCCUGAAUGACCUGAUCGUGUCCUCGCUGGAGCUGACCGUGCACGCGGGUGAGCCCGCCCUGCUGGGCUGCGUGUUCCAGAGCGUGGAAGGGAAGCGCGUGACCAAGGUCGACUGGACAUUCUCACCCAGGGAGCACGCCCAGGCCGAGUACGUGCUGUACUAUUACGCCAACCUCAGCGUGCCAGUGGGGCGCUUCCAGAGCCGGGCGCGCCUGGCGGGGGCCCUCUCGCACAACAACGGCUCUCUCCUGCUCCAAGACGUGCAGGAGGCCGACCAGGGAACCUACACCUGCGAGAUCCGCCUGGAACUGGAGAGCCGUGUGUUCAAAACCGAGGUGGCGCUGCACGUGCUGCCGGAGGAGCCCAGAGAGCUCACGGUCCAUGUGGGUGAUUCAGCUCCGAUGGGCUGUGCUUUCCAGAGCACGGAAGAGAAGCUCAUGACCAAGGUCGACUGGACGUUCUCACCAGGGAAGCAUGCCAAGGAGGAGGUGAUGCUGCGCUAUUUCGCCACACACGGCGGUCCCGGGGGGUACGCCCAGAGCGGGGGCCACUUCCGGGGCCGCGUCGCCCUGGCGGGGGACACAGCGCACAACGACGGCUCCGUCCUGCUCCAAGAGGCGCGGGAGUCCGACACCGGAAGCUACACCUGCAGCAUCCACCUGGGGGACCUGACUUUCAGGAAGACCUUUGCGCUGCACGUGAUUCCGGAAGAGCCCCGAGCACUGGUGACCACCGUGGCCCGCAGUCCCGAGGUCCUGGGCGGCAACCAUCUGGUGAUCAUCGUGGGCAUCGUCUGCGCCACUGUCCUGCUGCUUCCCGUGCUCAUCCUGACUGCAAGAAGGAUCCAUGGGAGUAAGAGUUCCGGGACGUCCACGGCCCUGGUGAAGAGCCUGGAGGACAGGGACAAGGCUUCCCCCGAGAAGCACAUUUACUCCUCAAUCAACACCUGGGAGGUGACCAAGGAAGAAGAACCAAGUGACAGAUCAGAGGCCACCUACAUGACCAUGCACCCAGUGUGGCCUUCAGCACUGAAUUACCCGCCUGAGAAAAAGUGGGCCGAGGGAAUGCCCCGAAGAGUCCCCUCACCUUUCUGA